AUGCCUCCCCCGCCUACCCUCGUGCAUGGCUCGGCGUCAGACCACGGGCAUGGAUCAUCUACACCACCUCCGCCAGCAUUAAAAAAGACCACCGACUGCUCUUGCUGCUCCAAUGAACCAACGACGCCGCCGCUUCCCUCCUUCGCGUCAUUACCUUCCUUUCCUUCUUUGCCAAUGAUACGAUCACCUGCCUCCUCAUAUUCGGCCCGCUCUGUUCACUCUGCUCCUCCCUCUCCUCCUUCUCCUUCUCCGCAUUCCCCAUUGCCCCUUCUUCUCUGCCCUGCCAAUCCCAGCCUUCUCUAA